CUUUUUCUUCUUGAUACAAAAGAAAAUUCUGAAAAAGCAUAUGCAUGACCUUUUUUGGUUAUUUCAGAUGACCCAUAGCUGACUCAUGGAACAAUCAGUUAAAAGAUUCACCAACUCCUCUACAAGCACCUAUAUAUAAUGCUACAUGGACUGCUUUUAAACCAUCAACCAAACUUAAAUAUUUCUCACAUACCUUCAAAAUACAGUAAUACUCCACCUCAAAUCAGAAUGACAAUGAAGAACUUACUCCGUGGAAAUUUGGUGGGUAUUCCCAUGAGUUCAGCAGUAUGUUCACUUGGAAGGCAGCCGAAAAUACUACUUGCCCUAUCUGCUUGCGAAGACCAUAUUGUUCCAUAUGCAACUUCAAAGAACUUGUCUCAAAUUAAGCAAAGAAAAUAUGUCAUUGGUAAGAUGAACAAAUUGGGAGAAAGGAUGGAUUGUCUUGUACAAAGCAUCCGUGAGCAUGUGAGCCUAAGCCCGAAACUAACAGAAACUUUAAAGGGAAAAUUGAGCCUUGGAGCAAAAAUUCUUCAAGUAGGAGGGUUGGAGAAAAUAUUCAGGCAGAAGUUCAGUGCUAGAGAUGAUGAAAAGCUAUUGAAAGUUUGUCAAUGCUAUUUAUCAACUACAGCUGGUCCAAUAGCAGGCCUUCUCUUCAUCUCUACCAAUAAGAUUGCUUUCUGCAGUGAGAGAUCAAUAAAGCUCUUAUCUCCAACUGAAAAGUUGCUUAGAAUCUACUAUAAGGUAUCAAUCCCAAUUAGUAAGAUAAUGAAAGCAAAAGAGAGCAAAAAUAUGCAAAAGCCAUCACAGAAGUAUAUACAAGUAAUUACAGAGGAUGAUUUUGAGUUCUGGUUUAUGGGAUUCCUCAAUCAUCAAAAGACACUGAGAUAUCUGCAGCAGGCAAUCUCCAGCUCAAGCAAGUUGUGAAGACACUUUUUUUUUCCAAUGAGCUCGUUCUUCAAUGUAAAACGUUCAUGCAAAAACAAAUUCAGGGAUCUGUUAAAACUUUGUAACUAGAUCCAUUGCUCAAAGG